GUAACAGACGACUAGCCCGGCUAGAACAAUUCUCUGCCAUGUUAAUGCGAUGUUUGGAAGGAGAGAGCUGCAAAGCUACUUUCAUCAGUCUGUGUGAAGGCCAGAUCAUCAGUAGAGGAGAAGGACAAGGAAGACAUUGUUUCAUCAGUCCUUUCUUUUCAACUUGCAUCUUUCGGAGUGUGCUUUUUGAUGUAUAAUACGUCUCGAAAACCUUGUUACAGCAACGGGACUUCACCGGUUGUUUUGUCACGUGACGUCCAAAGAGUUGCCACCCUGUGGUGUGACCUACUUGCUACCACGUGGUGAGACCUCGGAGGACAGUGACCUGUGACAUUACAGACGCGAGGACUAGGCAUGCAGAUGACUAUACGGUGUGUCUUGUGAAUGUUUACCUUGGCAACUUCGUCUGUUGCUGCCCUGAUGACUUCCCUCCAUCAUGUUUCCUGUCAACUUAUUGAAGGCAUAUUUAGAGAGCCUCAGGGCAUGGCCACUACUAACCCUGCAACCUCCAGACUGUGUGGACACCAGAUGGAGCGUGUUGGCCUCAUGAAAACUUUCUCCAGGCCCUGGAUAAUUGUAGGGUAAACAGGCUGCAGGGAGCACACAGCGGGGUUUCCAUGGUUAUACAAGGUGAUGAUGUCUUGCUGUCACUGUCGGUGUGGUGAGAAGGUACUCCGCCUCUUACCCCAACUCACCCCCCUUCGGUCCAGGAGGUGACCACUGAGGUUAGAGCGAGAGGUGUGUUGAUGUGCUGAUCAGGUAGCAGCCGGUCAGCCGGUCAGCCGGUCAGCCAGUCAGCCAGUGCGCUGGAUGAAGAUGCGGACUGACGAAUGAGGGGCUUGUGGGAACCUGGAGGAACAGGAAGUUCUCACCUGGUGGCCACAGAGGUGCAUUGUUCAGGUGCGGGGUGCAGGUGACACUUUCAGUCAUCACACGAGGCACUGGCGUGGGAAAGUCUUGGCGAGGUGCUUGACUGGUGCCCAUCAAUCGUAUGGUUGGAGUAUAUCACUGAGAGGCGAGUGCACACAAACAUCAUACUGUGUAGUGACUCUGCAGUGUAUAUUUUUGAUGAGAUUCCUUUGUCGCUCAUUCAGAAAGAUCAUUGUGUGCACAGAUGUGUGGUGUGUAUACUGGAACACAGCUUCGACAGGUAUUGUCACGAUACGCUGAACUCACAGCGUGUGACAUGUGACAUAUUGGACACACACCCCCUCAGGCUCCUCCUCAACACUACACUCCUAUGCUACAUCUAAAGCAGACAAUGCAUUUAUAAUGAUGAUAAUCAGGUCUGACAUCAGCAACUUUGACCACAAGCGUAGAAGCUUCUAGCAGGUAGCCAUGUUUGGGUGGAGGAAAGAUGCAGCCAAGAUCUCCGUGAGGUGUCCUCUGUUCCACGUCCGUUACAUUGGGUGCACCGAGACCUUUGUAGCCAAUGGGAAAGGCUGUUCCUACACCCCGGUUCAGCGGCUGUGGGAUAACUCUCCGGGCGAGCGACAUCUCAGGAGAGUUACCGUCCAGCUUAGUCAGACUGGCAUCAGCAUGAGAGACACGGAGAAAAACGAUGAGGUGAUCACAGACUUCCGAAUCGAAGACAUUUCCUUUUGUAACACCGACACCCUCGUCAACGAGCGCAUCUUCAGCUGGAUUUGCCGAGACAGAGACAGCAGCAGCCUGCAGUGCCACGCCGUGCUGUGCAGCACCAAGCAGAAGGCACAGACCAUGGCCUUGGUGCUGUCACGUGCCUUCCAGAUGGCCUACAGGGACUGGAAGGCCAACAAAAAACACCGAGAGAUGGUUAGAAAGCCUCUAGCAGGAGGACAGAACUGGAGGAGCAAAGACCACGUCGACGCCCAAAGUGAAAACAAAGUUCUGUCCCCGGGGACACCACCCAACAGCAUAAUGACAUCCACACUUCAUUCUGGACCAUCGACAGCAAAAGGUAGUUUCGAUAACGAUACGACUUCCCUGCCUGACGAUGAACCAUCCGCGUCUCCUGGAUUCGAGAACUGUUGUAUUCUGGAUCCGGAAGUGGAGGCUGCUCUUGCGGAUGUGGCAGAUAUCAACGACGAUUUUGAUGAGGCAAGGAGCGAGUUGGAGUGAUGUCUCACUGGGAGCAUCUUUCAUCUCAUCGCAAGGAGUAUAAAGUAUUUCAAAACAACUAAAUACAUGAUGACAACUGUGCAGAAUACUAGGACUUGUCUGUUAGAAGGACAAACUUUUGUCAGCUGCAAAGAAAAUGUUCUGCUUGCUUUUCUACUUCCAUUUUGUAAUGUUUUGUUCGCCUGUCAUAUUCAUGUAGCCAUGAAACACAAAGGUCAGAACAACGCAGUAAAUAAACCGACUGCAGUGUAUUUAACAAGAAAAAUACCCUGAUAAAGGAUCUUUACUCAGAUAAGAAGCUCGCUUUUCAUGCAAAAUUUAUUUCAUUGACAUUUUUGUCCCUGGUUUUGAGCUUCUGUAGAGAUGUUAGAACUCACUGCGUGACGACUGAACACUUUUCUCUAGCCAAGAGCUGUGUGUGUGUAUUUUAAUGUGUUUAUCCAAGAUACAUUUCUAUUAAACUGUAUUGACAAUGAUA